UUCUUCUCGACUUCAAGAUGUCGGGGUAUGCUGACAACUACCAAUCUUUUUCAGGAGGUGCUGGUUAUUCUAGGGGCCGGGGUCGUGACAAUGACUCCAGGGGUGGUGGCGGAUAUGGUGGAGGCGGUAGAGCACCAACAGCUUUACCAACUGAGCCACCAUUUACAGCUUACGUAGGCAACUUGCCGUCAGACUGUCUCCAAGGGGACUUGGAUACUAUUUUUUCAACUUUAUCGGACCAGAUUCGAGGAAUUCGUCUAGUUCGUGACAGGGAAACGGACAUAUUCAAAGGUUUUUGUUACGUUGAAUUCGCUGAUCAAGAUGCGCUUAGAGAGGCAUUGGAGUUGGACAAUGCUUUGUUUGAAGGCAAAAACCUCAGGGUAAAUGUAGCUGAAGGAAAGAAGAAAGAUGGACGAGGAGGUUUCAGAGGUGGUCAAAGAGGUCGAGGCGGCCCACCCAGAGGGGGUUACAGAGAAGAAGGUGGUUUUGGAGGCGACUAUAGACGGGGUGGAGAUAGGGGAGCCCCACGUGGUGGUGAGGACUACAGAGGAGGUAGAGAUGACUACAGGGGAUCAAGAGGGGGACGUGGAGGGGCUGGCAACAGAGAUAGAGGGGGCUAUGAAAGAGAAAGGACUGGCAGGCCAGAUGAUUUCAAGGAACCCGAUGCAGAGGACUUGGCUAGAAGGCCGAGACUGAAUCUAGCAAAACGCUCCGUCAAAGAUCCCGUAAACCAGUUGGCAAGCGACAUUCAACGUAGCAGCAUCUUUGGAAGUGGGAAACCUCGUGAAGAGGCUGCUAAGAAAGAGGGUCCAGAAAAUUAAUAAUACCUAGACUUGUUCAUUGCUCAUCCAUAAAUUAUACCAGUAAAAAUGAUAAAUAAUUUGUUGGAACUUGUUUAGUGCCUGAAAGCUUGACGGCAGACAGGGGGCUAAUUUUGAAAAGCUGUCCUGUAGAAAUUCUGCUUAUUGAGAUGCAUAAACCCAAUUAAGAAAUAGUAGGUAACCCAGUCACAUCCAUUGUAACUCACAUGACAUUGUGCCUGGUAACCUGUGUCUGCUAAGCGAGAUUUCUCUUCGCUUAGCAUAAUGCUGGACAGCUUUAUGAAAUUGGAAAAAAGAUAUUUCACCUUUUUUUUCUAAGAUGUUAUGUGUCAGUUACUCAUUGAAACCAUGAGCAGUAGUGGUGUAAUGUUUGUUUUUGCAAGGUACCAGUAUGUACGGUAGCUUAACUGGUAACCAUUAAUGUUAUUCAAGUUUUCAAACUUUCUGCAAACAAAGGAUUUCUGUUGGGCUAUGUUGUGGAUAUUUGUGUACAUUGUUCAUAUACUUACUGAAUAGAAAUUUGCAUGGCGUUUAGAUUCCUGUGUGUUGUGCCUCACAUUGUCAGCAUGUCGUAUGCACUUGAUUUGAUCGGCCAGUUUCUGUCUGUGAUCUUUGUCUGGUUAUCAUUUAAAGACUUAUUUAGAGUAUAGGUAAAAGUUUGUUCCCCCCUCAAAAUUUAUAUGUUUUAUUCUAAUCGAUGUCGCAAGUUGUCGGCAAAUAAUAAAUUUGUGUAUUCUGAAACAGAAUGUAAAUUUAGCAAUGAGGCAAAAAUUUGUUUUGGGGUAUUUGCUAGACAUUUGAUUUGGUGUCUGUAGUUUUAAGUGACUGACCAGCUUCAGUAUGACUUUUUCAUACUGGUUAUCCUGCAGAAUAAAAACUAACUGUAUCUAGUCUUCAAUACAGUUGUUGAUUCCAUUAAACUACAAGAUUAAAUAAAACCAAGUAAAACAAAAAUCAAGAUGAUCAUCCUCACCCGCAUCCCUUUUUUUGAAGCUACAUAUUUUUUAACAGUUGUUAAUAAUUAUAGUUUUUUUCCGAAAAUGAAUGUAACUUUUGUCAUUUAUGCAGUAGAAAUUCAGGUUAAAUAAUGUUUUGUAUGGAUAUUUCCGCUAGAAUUUGGAAGAAAAACUAAAAAAAAAGCUGUCAGUAAUUUGGACUAAAAGGUUGCUGGCCAUUUUGAAUAAAAAAAACUACCAGUGGCGAAAUUGAAUAAUGUACCUAAAAAGGCCCUCAUCAUACUUCUCUUUUUGAUUAAACCCAGACGACAAACUCUUUUUUUUUUUACUUGGCCUAAUGAGGAUGGUAAAACACCAGAGAUGAGGGGAUUCUUUCAAGUUCAAAUUGCCUUUGUAGUUGAAACACAUUAUGAUAUACAUCAUAGUUUGUUCAGUUGAUUUCAAAAGAAAUUGCAGUUGGUAGAGCACAAUGAUAGCAAUUUAGGAGGCGCAGGUUCGAAUGCCACAUACUUUACUAACCCUACCCCCCUAAGAUUUAUUCGUAUAUAAUGUAAAAGAAAGCCCUGAAUAGUUAAUUUAAAAUUAAAAUUACUUGCUCUUGUUAAUUCAGCAAUUCACACCAUCCACCUAGUCGAGUCCUCUCAUUUAUUUUCUAUUUUGUAAACAAAAAUAUUUGGGUAAAAGUUGGGCUGGUGGAUGUUGUGAAGUUUGUUUGUUGUCAGUUAUCUGUGACAAGUAGACUAAAAAAAUGAUGAUUGUUUUGCAGUAGUAACAUCUAGAACUUAGCUGUCUGUGUUAAAUAUUAGCAUUCUCUUUAAUAAAAUUAUAAGAAGAUUCGCUCACCUUGUAUUAUAAGCAGACGAUUUAUUACUAGACGGAACCCAAUGUAGCAAACUUAUGUACAAAAGGACUGCUGUCACACAGUACAAUAAAACUUGUUCCCGAGUUAAAAGGAA